AUGGAUCCGCGGAAAUACGGCCCUUUGCACACGAUUGAGGAGACAAACCCAGAAAGUCGCCGCAAUCGCCACGACAUGUACCACCACCACAGCAUCAAGAAAUCGAUAUGGGCAAAGCUCUCUCAGACGUGGAUCUUCGAGUUCCUCGGGUUCCUGGCCUCUCUCUUAUGUAUAGGGGCCACUGCCACCCUUCUACGUUGGUACGAUAACCAGCUGGCGCCCGACUGGCCGGUCACGCUCAACUUCGUGCUAUCCCUCCUCGGAAAUGUGGGUUUUGCUGGAACCAUCUUCGGCGUCCAGGCGACCAUUGCACAGCUCAAGUGGAUAUGGUUUGCGAAGCGACCGCGGCCUUUGGCAGAUCUCGUCGGUUUCCAGAAGGCGAGAGGAGGUGUGAUAGGGCGGAAAAGAUUCGUCGUUAUCACUGCGUCGCUAGCUCUCUUGUUCGGAAUGUUCUGGGGUCCUUUCACACAGAAUCUCGUUCGGUAUGAGGCGGGCGAUAUCGCGGCGGACGGCGCGGUCGCCCUGCUCAGUCUUCUCGCCGGAGGCACAUCGUGGGUACAAGCAAAAGAUACGGUGCUAAUACCAGAGACAACAUUUUCAGCAAACUACCCCGACCCAGCUCUGGAACUUAACAUCAUGCUGGCGCUGACCUCAGGUCUGACCCAAGACACAAACUCGCCUCAAUUCCUUUGCAGCACAGGCAAUUGCACUUGGCCCCCGACAGCUACGCUGGGCUUCUGUUCACGGUGUACCGAUAUCACGUCGAAGAUCAAUCUGACGUGCAAAGACGCCGGUGGAGGACAAGGCAUCCCGAAGGGGGUAUACUGUAGCGCCAAGUUAUUUGAUGGCUCAGCCACUCUACGUCAAGUUGGCAACCUCACGACCUUCGAAGACUUUAUGAACAUCACCUUCGUUGGCGGCAAAGAUGGGCUGAGGUACCAUGCUAUCCGAUUACUCCCUCCAUACGUCCUCAGCAGUGCCUACAGGCCUUCUCUCGACUUCUCGAACUUCAGUGCCACCGAGUGCUCGCUGCAACAGUGUGUGUUGAGCUUCGAGACGUCUGUCCAAAACGGUGUCUAUAAGGAGACCUUGCUAGACACAUUCACGGAGCCACCCCCCAAUGGCACAGACUGGUUAGCCCACCAGCUGCGGCCGCCAUGGGGUCUCGAGCGCGGCAUUGAUCCCGCUGCUAACCUAUCUUUCGGCUUGAGUGAGUCCUUACAGCGAGACUGGGCAUGGCCUGAUCCCCAGUUUCUGGUGACCGACGUCGUUCCCGGCUCUGCUGCAACCAGCGACGGCCACACAGCCAUUGAAUUCUGUUCUGGAUUCGCGAACGGCUCCUGUAAGCAGUCCAAGAUGAUGAAUUAUAUAUUCAACGCGAAUUAUACCGCCAACGAAUGCGGCAGCGUCAACGCCGAUACCUUUUCCUGCGUUAUGGACGGGAUUGCCGCUGCCAUGACGAAAACCAUACGCAACUCGGGUGUUGUUGCCAACGGCACAGAAAUUGGAGAAGCCUUUUUGGUCAAGGGCCAAGCAAGUACCGUCGCUACUUUUGUUAGAGUCCGAUGGUAUUGGAUUGCUCUCCCUGCCGCAGUCUGGACCCUUGGCUUUGUGGCGUGGGUUGUGGCGGUCAUACGGACGAAGCGUCUACAACUGCCGACUUGGCGAGAGGACCUACUGCCGCUUUUGUUUCUAUAUGACAGAUACGCUCAAGAUUACCAUCAUUCUUCUGUUCAAGGCGGUAGGAACGGGGGAGGCUACCGGGACUCGGUGUCAAGCGGUGCAAUCAGCGCGCGAGAGCAGGAUGAGUUCUUCAGAGCUGACGAAUACUCGAGUUGGUCCUACGAGACCGUGGCAGAGAACUUUACUGUUCAACUCCGGAAGCCCUCGCUGGAAUGUGACGUUGAUGAGGCGGCUUCAAUGCGGUUGAUCCAGGUGUGA